CAACAACUAGGAUGACGAAGAGGGGGCGCCCCAUGAAGGACCUUGUUUCGUAGCUACAACAACUAGAUCGAUGGAUAAAGUUCCGGAAUUAGCUGGCUGAAAGCUGGCUUGUUUCUUUCGAUCAUUAGGUGUGAUGUAAACAAUCUGAAAAAUCCUUCUUGAACUUGAACAAUAUUGCUGAGUUAAAUAAGCGAAGAAGCCAGAAACAUAUAAUGUCGAUCUUGAUGCAAAAAUAACUUGGACUCCUCGUCUCACCGCAGCAAGACGCUAAGUGACGGACCAACGCCAACGUCAAAUGCCGAGAUCUUCAGUGUCACAACGAGCGGUCGGAGGAAGGCGAUGAAAGUAUAUUUACUCAACGCGUCGGGAGGACUCUUGUCACGCACGGUCGUGGAUAGCAGCAAGGGAAACCGCAACAAUUAUAUUCGAGCCUCAGCGCAGUAGGACUAGGAAUCGCGAGAUCCGUGGUCUCGAAAAAGGUAGCUUGAAUCUCUUCAACUACGGCGGACCAACUAUUAAUUUUCCUUGGAGCAGUCAUCUUCGGCUUCGGUUUCGCCAUCGAUCUGUACCACGAACCUUUGGCAAGUUAAUACAGCCCUUGUCCUCUUCAAAAACAACACAAACACCUCCAAUCUUGAUCUUGUUCAAAAAUAACGAGCAAGAACAAGAAGAGCAAGUUCAAGAUGAUGAAAUUCAAUGAGAGCACUCCAAAAUGGCUGUCAGAGGACCGCUGCGCCGCGUUGAACACCCUCCUAGAUUUCAAACCUGCGUUCACGACGGCAGAAACCUUCAGCUGUUGCACUGGGCAGUAUGGCCCUUUUCAGACCGGGAAGAAAAUCAAGCUGCCAAUAUGGCUUGCACUACAACUAGAGGAGAAGAAUCGCGGGAUCUUGUACCCACCUUCCUGGCUGGAUGAGCGUAUUCAUUGAUUUCAUUUUAAUUCUUUUCGAGAACGUGUCAACAUGCAUGGUAAGCCUACUUGCUCAGGACCAUUUUUUUUUCGCCUCCUCUGUAAUAUACUACUAAUCGGGUCAUCACGGAACCAGUUUGUUAGCUACUAGAAGUAGCUGCUACGUGCUUCGACUGAAUGAAUGAACGAUUGUCGUGUUGCACCAACUUUAUCGGAGUUUCUUCUGAUGAAGCCAUAUUUGUUCAACAGAUUUACAAAUUCACGAAGAUUUAGAUUUAAGUCUACACGAGUGUCUAAAUCUUGUUGCUCAGGACCAUUUAUUACUAUCAUCAUCUCAGACAAGCUCCGGAUGGUUAUCGUGAAUGAGCGGCGAGACAUGAGAAGCUUCCAGCCUGUGGACGAAUGGUUUGUCUACGUCGGACACACACUGCUAACGCGAGGCAAAUGGUUCCAGCUAAAAGAGAAGGAGCCAACGGAAAUCGCAUUCCAGGAGCUCAUAGACGUUCGCAGGCACAAAGCUACAGAGGUUACGAGGGCAUAUCCAGGAGUGUGUAGGUCCUGAGUCAUGAUGAGUUACUUAAUAUACAACAUAGUGAACUACUUGCUGCCACCAACAUGUUCGAAAAGUCGCUUCAUCUAGCACUAGAUUUGUAGUAGUUGUUGGAGUUAUGCUUGACGUUACAUGAAGAGCCCCCGCAUCAUGAUCAAUUCGACAAUAUUUCCAGUAUCACGGUUACGCCCGCUUACCUCUGGAAUAGGUGCAUCACAUUCAAGCAGUCAAUCAAUCAAUUAAUCAAUCAAUCACAAUUUAUUUUUCCUGCUUCUUUCAUUUUCUGAAUGCGGCAGCUGAAUUGUAAGGAGGUUCUGCUAGAGUGCACAAAUAUGACGAGGCCUGAAAUAACGUGGUAUCGGGAAAGAGCAAUAGCAGGAAUGGAUUAUCUCCAUUCAUUGAAUGAGGAAGAGGUACUGAAGUUCAUUGAUUGAGGAUAGUCAUUUGAGAUGCACAGAUGACAUGAAGUUCAUGAUGUUGCUAAGUUCAUCUUAUAUAUAAAUAUUUUUCACCCAUCGAUCUUCUUCAGCGUUAUCUUCAAACAAUGGUCACAUUCACAGCGCAAAGGCAUGGCUGCUCCGUCUUCAACAAAGAGUGGUGGCGACACAGCAUCAAGCGAGAAAAAAUCAGAUACCUCGAUAUCGAGCGCACAGCAGCGACUCUUAUGGCUUGAGGUAGUCCCUCCUCCCCAGCAUCUUGGUCACGUUUUGAAUUGAAAGCGGGCACCGAGAUGCUCACCAGGAUGGACUUCUGCAAGUUCUAAGAAUCAGCGACCCUGGUGGUGCUAACAGCAGUUUGCUUGGUGGUAACCUUGGCGGUCUUGGCGCUAGCUCACUAGGACAAGAUCAGGCCAGCAUGCUCAUAAGAGACAUACGCGUACCACCAUGAUGAAAGGGACGGCAACAUCUUGUUCUCACGAUUUUCCUGGUUAAGAAAUUAGAAUUUCUGAUCCCGCCACAAUUGGUGUUUUGAAACGACAGAGGUUUUUACAUAAGUACAACUAUGACAGUUUAGUACAGCGCAACAUGUACUACCUGCGUCAU